AUGGCUAAAAAGAGUAAGAAGGACAAAGAGGCAAAAAAGGCCAGGUCUGAACAGAAGAACAAGAAAAAUUUGGAAAAAGCUGAAAGUAAAGACAAGAAGAGAAGCAAGAAACUCAAUUCUGAAGAUGACGACGAUUUAGAUAUCGAUGAGGUGCUAGCGGCGUAUCGCAAAGAGCAAGAGGAAUUUCAGGAAAUUGUGGUGUCAAGCGUGGUAAGACCAAGCCAACGUGUCAACUCAUCUAUGAUUUCGAACCCAACGCAUGGAAAACGAGAAUUGAUUCUUUUUGGUGGUGAACAUACCAACCCUUCGACUUCCAGCACAACUUUCUACAAUGAACUUUUCACUUACUCGCUUGAUAGUGCUCAAUGGCGUAAAAUCGGAUCUAAAAAUGCGCCAAUGCCUAGAUCUUCCGCUGCUGCUGCUGCACACCCAAGCGGUGUGGCCCUAUUUCAUGGAGGCGAGUUUUCGUCUCCAAAGCAGAAUACGUUUUACCAUUAUUCAGAUACUUGGCUCCUGGACUGUGACACCAAAGAAUGGACUAAGAUCGAGCAGAAAAAUGGGCCUAGCGCCCGUUCUGGACACCGUAUGACCGUCUGGAAGAACUAUUUCAUUUUGCAUGGCGGUUUCCGCGACUUGGGAACUUCCACCUCAUAUUUGAAGGAUUGCUGGUUAUUCGAUAUCACCACUUACAAAUGGAAGCAAAUAGAAUUUCCUCCUAGCCACUCAAUUCCGGAGGCUCGCUCCGGUCACUCCGUCAUCCCAACGCAAGACGGUGCAGUUCUCUGGGGAGGCUACUGUAAAGUUAAAGCUGGACGAGGAUUGCAAAAGGGAAAAAUUCUCUCGGACUGUUGGUAUCUUGUCAUGAAAUCGGACAUCAGCGCCGUCAGGUGGGAACGACGCAAAAAGCAGGGUUUUCAACCAUCACCCCGUGUUGGUUGCUCCAUGGUACAUCACAAGGGCAGAGGUAUUUUGUUUGGAGGUGUUUACGACUAUGAGGAAACUGAAGAAGGAUUGAACUCGGAAUUUUUCAACGAUCUCUUUUCUUAUCAGGUCGAGUCCAACAGGUGGUAUGCGCUGAAGAUGAGGCCUCAGAAGAAGCGGGUCACUGCAGCGCCAAAAAGCAGUCGAAACAAAGAUGAAGAACUCGAAAACAUACUCAAUGACAUCUUGAAAAAGGCAAAUCUCGCCGAUAACGACGACGGCGCGGAUCCUUACGACGAUGAGAUCGAAAAGGAGUUGCGCAGGAUGGAUGAACAGGAAGAAGCCGAAAGCAAGUCCAAGGAGUACACUAUUCUGACUCAGUUGCCUCAUCCACGUUUCAAUGCCACCACGGCGGUGGUGGACGACCUAUUAUUUAUAUUCGGAGGUACUUGGGAAUAUGGGGAGAAAGAUUACGGAAUCGACUCGUUCUAUUCUAUCGACCUGAAUAAACUUGAUGGAGUGAGGUUAUUUUGGGAAGAUCUUGAGGCUGUUGAGAAGGCUACGAUGGAAGACGAGGAUGGCGAAGACAACGAAGACGAAGAAGAUGGGGACGAUGAUGAAGACGAUGAUGACGAGGAAGACUCGGGUGACAGAAAGCUGGUCGCCGAGGAGGAAGACGAAGAAGACGAGGGAGAGGAAGAUGAUGAAGGAGAUGAGCCAGGGAUACCUGAUCUCAGACCCUGGCUCCCACAUCCCAAGGCCUUUGAAUCGCUGCGUGAGUUCUACAUACGGACUGGUGCUGAAUUUUUGCAAUGGGCUAUUUCCAACAAACGUGAUGCCAAGGGCAAGCACCUAAAGAGGCAUUCUUUCGAGCUGUGCCAGGAUCGCUGGUGGGAAAGACGCGAACAAGUCAGAAUUGAAGAAGAUAAGUUGGAAGCUCUGGGUGGAGUUGAAAAUGUGAUUGAAAGAGAUCCAGCGCUCACCUCAAAAAGAAGGUAA